ACUGUUGUGACGGCGGGACGUCGUCUCCGGGUGAACGGUUACCCUGACAGUAGCGAAACAGUUAACGGUAGUUUAACAGUAACAAGUGUUUUUACUUGUUCACAAAGUUUACUUUUAAAUCGCGAUAGUUUUGUUUUGAAAACUCUCUUUUAAGAAGCUCAUUGUAGUUUUGGUUUAAAUUUGAGUUUUUUAACGAACUUUUGAAGCUCAGUUUUUGGUGAGAAAAUGAUUUAAAAUAUGUGCUAAAAAAAAAAAGUAGGAGCACAAUCGGACAUCAGGAUGACAGAGCCAGCAGCGGGUCAACACACCCACCAUCACCUGAAAACUUCAGGCAUCAUCAGCCCGUCAGGUGGGAGCAGCAGCGGAGAGGUGUUGGAGCAUCUCCCGGCCAGGAGGAGCCGCGGUGGUAGUGGAGGUGGCGGGCCGGAGAACGGCAACAGGGGGCGCCAGAGAGACCAGAAGCCGCAGCAGCAGCAGCACUGUGUGGAUGUCAACACAGACAAGUUGUGGCAAAUGAAAGGCGGACGUCGGGAGGUGUGCCCAGCCGGAAACGAGCUCUCAAAGUGCCCUCAAAGUGCCCAGAAACCUCACGUCCAUAGCGGUGAUGAUCCCCACAACCCUCAGGGGAAAAACGGUGAAGACAGAAGACCGCUGGAGGUGCACGACGACAGCCACAUCGACUCCGACACCGGCUUGGAUGCGCGUCUGGGUAAGAAGAGGCACCGGCGCAGGACCUCCAGGAAGAAGCGCAACUGGAAGCCGUACUGCAAGCUGAACUGGGACGAGAGGAAAGCUCUGGAGGAGAAAGAGACAGCCAGAGCGUCCAGGUUGAGAGAGGAGAUGUUCGCUAAAGGGCUUCCAGUGGCGCCUUAUAACACCACCCAGUUCCUGAUGGACGAGCACGACAGAGAGGAGCCGGAUCUCAACACCGAGAGCGGCGUCAGGCGCGACAACGACACCGGCAGCGAGGAGGACUACUUCGUGGUGGACAACAACAACGAGGAGGAGGAUGAUGAUGACGGCAGCGAUGGGAUCGGGAGACCCGGGAACGCAGGCGGGGAGUUUCUCCAGAGAGACUUUUCCGAGACCUACGAGAUGUACCACGUCGAGAGCCUGCAGAAUAUGACCAAGCAGGAGCUGGUGCGGGAGUACCUGGAGCUGGAGAAGUGCAUGUCCCGGCUGGAGGAGGAGAACAACCGGCUGAGGCGCGCCGUGGAGCCCGGUGACCGUGGGGGUGUGACCGUGGACGGCUCUCUGGUCCGGCUCCAAGAGCUGGAGAGGGAGCUGGAGAGACUUAAGGCUGAAAACACGGAGCUCCUUCUGCAGAAGCAGCCGAGCAACGACAGGGGACAAGUCGAGACCAAUUAAAAGGACAAUUCACACCCCUCUUUCUAAAAAAAAAAAAAGGUAAAACAUGGGACUCCUGCUUUUUUUUUUUUUUUUUUUUUUAAUGUAAUUUUCUGUAAUCAGUUUGUCAUUUUUGGACCAUGAGUCCACGCAUUGCAAUGCAAUUUCUUUUUCUAUCUGGACUGUAAAGGGUGUCCUGUUUGUUUGUUUUCAAGAAGAAAAUGUAAAUAUUUCAAAAGAUUCUUUUUAUAAAGAGAAUGUAUUUGACAAAACGAGGAUAUUUUUGUUUUUUGGUAUAUCCAUUGACAUUAUAAUGUUCCAUUCAUUGUUCAAUUUAAAAAAAAAAAUAAACAGUUACAUUUUUUUCCUCCAAAAAUGAAUCUUAAUUGGGUUAUAAGCUUAUACAAAAGAUUGUUUUUCUUUUCUUUUUUUUUCUUUUGCAGAAGUCAAUUCCAGAGUGAAUAUUUUAAAAGUUGUGUGUUAAUAAGUUCAAAUAAAAUUUUGAAAUUCUGCUGUCA